GUCCAGACGGUGGCUUGGUCCACUUUUCUAUUCGCCCCCUUUAUUUUCCUUUUUGUUCUUUCUCCCCUCGCCGUCCUCGUCUUCCUCUCCCUCAUCUCCUCGUCUCCCUGAUGCUAACGCUACUGCUCGUCAAUCUCCCCUCCCACACGGAGUAGUAGAUAAAUCCCACCCCGGUUCCUUGGUUUCCGCUCCACCCCCUCCGCGACCGAAUCAAACCCAGACGUGAUCGGAGGAGAGUUGGGUUGCUCCCCGGAGGUCGCCUCCGUCUGUUAAUCAAGAAAUCCCAAACUUCUCCUCGCCCGAAUCCGUGCGGGCGUGGUGAACCGGGGUUAAUUGGGCCAGGAGGCGUCGAUCCCGCCCGCGGAAUACCCGUCCCUCGCCGGAAUUCCAAGAAAUCCGCCGCCUUCCGGCUGCUCCUGUUGGGAGAUAAGGAUUGGGCGCGUCUGUUCGGAGGCGUGGGAGGAAAGGCCGCAGCUUCCGGCGAUUGGGCGGGCGGGGGUUGGCUCGUGUUCUUCUUGGACGGGCGGAGGCUGUCCUGCCGGAGAGGUUAAAGAGUUUGGUGUUUCGUGUUGAACUGUGCCCGUCCGGUUGUUGCUUCGUUUGGUGGUAUGGUGGUACUGUAGAUUUAAUCCGAACUGCGUGAAGCUAAACAAGGAAGGGAACAGGAAAGGUCAAAUUGUUGGAGUUGAAUUGCGGGGAAGAUGAGCUCCGGGUCGGCGGUGACGGGCGGCGGCGCGGAGGAGGCGGUGCCGCUGGGGCAGAAGCUGCUGGUGCACGUGGCGGAGAACGGCCACACCUUGGAGAUCGAGUGCUUCGGCAACACGCUCGUCGAUACCAUCCAGAAGUGCAUCGAGCAAUGGUGCGGCAUCCCGUCCGGCGACCAACGCCUCCUCUACGGCAACACCCCCCUCGACAGCGCCCACACUCUCGCCUACUACAGCCUCCCGCGCGACGACCGCGAGGUCUUCCUCUACAACAAGGUUCGCCUCCUGGCUGACUCCCGCCCCCCGCCACCCGAGUCCAUUGACAUCCCGGAGCCAGAGAUUCCGCCGCCGCCUCGGCCACAGGACUCACCGCCGGUGGAGGUGUCUGCCGACCCUGCACUGAAGGCGCUGGUGUCUUACGAAAUCAGGUUCAGGUACCACUUUCAGGUUGCCAAUGCAGUGUACCGAUGUAGUGAUGCGAAGUUUGAGCGGUGCAAGCGGCUGCUGCGGGAGCAGCAGGUCCAGGAGCGAGCACUGGGCACAGCCCGGAGCAGCCUGGAGCACACAUUCAGGAAGCUCUCACAGCGGUAUUCAGAGUUUAUCCGGUGCUUCUCGCAGCAGCACCGCGCACACAUGGAGCUGCUCAACAAUUUUGAGAGAGAUUUGCAGAGGCUGCACGCUGUUAGGCUGCACCCAGCUCUGCAAUGCGAGGGGAGGCAGUGCUUGCUGGACCUUCUCAAGGAGAAUGACAUGAGGAAAUUGGCGGAUGGGUGCUUCAGCUCACAGAAGCAGUUUGAGAUGAAGGUGUCCCAGCUGAAGGCAAACUUCUUGGAGAUAAAGAAGAGGGUGGAUAACUUAUUAAAUGUUAUGAGCUCAAGUGGGUGCAAGGAUCUUGAGAAGAUGAUAAAAGAGCAUCAGGGAGUCAUUAGUGAGCAGAAGAGUAUCAUGCAAUCUCUAAGCAAAGAUGUUGAUACUUCAAAGAAACUUGUUGAUGAUUGUUCAAGCUGCCAAUUAUCUGCUUCUCUCCGUCCUCAUGACGCAGUCUCAGCAGUUGGUCGCAUCUAUGAAGUACAUGAAAAGGAUAACUUGCCCAGAAUACGGAAUUUUGAUCACAUGCUUACAAAAUUACUUGAGAAAUGCAGAGACAAAAAGAAUGAAAUGAUUACAUUGGUCCAUGUUUCCAUGCAAAGAGUAAAAUCUACUCAGAUGAGUAUCAGAGACAUUAUGAAUGAGGUCAUUGCAUUCGAGGAGGGGAUGAGUCAUCAAGAUGAUUUCGCUAACCUGAAAAUAGUCAGUGGCCUGGGUCAUGCAUAUAGAGCUUGCCUUGCUGAGGUAGCACGUAGGCACUCUUAUUUUAAGCUGUAUACUGGAUUGGCUGGAACAUAUGCCGAAAAGUUGGCAACGGAGUGUGAAACUGAGAAAGCAAGACGCGAGGAUUUCUAUAGGACAUGGGUCAAGUACAUUCCAGAUGAUAUCAUGGGUUCCAUGGGACUCUUCGAUUCUCCAAGCCAGUGUGACAUAAAAGUCGCUCCUUUUGAUCGUGAUCUACUUCCCAUUGAUGUUGAUGAUGUCGAAAAGCUUGCUCCCCAGUCUCUAGUGGGGUCUUUUCUGAAAUCUGAGAGAUCACAGUUACCCAAGUCCUCACUGAGCAAUUCUAGUACCAGCGGAAAUUUGAAUAAAUCUGAGCAAAAUCCUCUGAGAGCUGAUGAUAAGAUGGAUUUCCAAGAUUUCCUGGGGGACCAUGACACUAUCGAUAUCGCAGGAACUAGUAAGUUAGAAGUGGAGAAUGCCAGGUUAAAAGCAGAGCUUGCUUCUGCAAUUGCAACUCUCUGCCAUCUUGGUGUUGAAUAUGGGUAUGAAUCCAUUGAUGAAGGGCAGAUUGAUUCUGUACUGAAAAAGGCAAGGGAAAAAACUGCUGAGGCACUUGUUGCAAAGGAUGAGUUUGCUAACCAGCUUAAGUCAUUGCUCACUGCAAAUAAGGAAAAAUGCUUGUCAUAUGAGAAGCGAAUCCAGGAUCUUGAGGAACGGCUAGCUAACCAGUACAUGCAAAGCCACAUGGUUUCAGGAAGCAAAGGCACAUCUGAUUCCCUUCUUUCUGCAUUUAAAAGUAAUAACUGCAACCUGGAUGUGUCUGGAGGCAGGCAAACCCAGAUACGGGAUGAAUCAAGUGUGGCCAUGGAUGAGGCAUCUUCAACAUCUGAACAGCCAUCAAAACAAACAGAAGGUGGCGAUGAGAAUAUGACCGAUAUUUCUGGUGCACUGAAUUUGCAGUUGCUCGAUUCAGUCGCAUGUACUAAUCUGGAUGCUUUCAUGACAGAAUUGCCGCGUGACACUGAUAAUGAACAUACGAUUGUUAGCAUCGAUAAGGAAGGACGAAUGUUGACACAACUUACUAUGGCUGACACUUCUGAUGUUCCUGUAGAAGAUCAUCAUUCCUUAGAGUUGAGGAAUAAGGAGCUCCUUGUGUCAGAGCUGCAAAAUGCCCUCGAUGAAAAAUCAAAACAGUUGGGUGAAACUGAAAGUAAACUUAGUGCUAUGACAGAUGAGGUUAACUCUCUGAAGGAAGAACUUGAACACGCUCGGGGUCUUCUUGAUGAAUCUCAGAUGAAUUGUGCACAUCUUGAAAAUUGCUUACAUGAGGCAAGAGAAGAGGCACGUACCAACAAAUGUUCAGCUGACAGAAGGGCUGUUGAGUAUGAUGCUCUGCGGUCAUCUGCUCUGAGGAUACAUGGUCUGUUUGAGAGACUAAAUAGUUGCGUCACUGCACCAGGCGUGACUAGCUUUGCAGAGUCACUGCAUUCUUUGGCUGUCUCCUUAGGCAGCUCUGUAAAGAAGGAUGAAGCUGAUACCACUGUUCAGUUUCAACUAUGCAUCAAGAUCCUGGCGGAAAAAGUUGCUUUCCUGACUCGACAGAGUGGUGAGAUGCUAGACCGCUACUCAGCUGUGCAGGCAGCACAUGGAGCUAUCGCAAAAGACUUGGAUGAGAAGAAAGAGCAGAUUAAGAAUCUCUAUAAUAGACUUCAACAUGAAAAACAGGCCAGCAAGGAGAAGAUAUCCUUUGGCCGUUUCGAAGUCCAUGAGCUCGCCAUCUUCUUCCAGAAUCCUGCUGGGCACUAUGAAGCGAUUAACCGGAACUGCUCAAACUACUACCUGUCUGAGGAAUCUGUCGCCCUCUUCACCCAGCAGCACCCGCGGCACCCAGCCUACAUAAUCGGUCAGAUUGUUCACAUUGAGCGGCGCGUAGCGCGCCCGGACCAGAUGGGAGGAGCUCCACGCCCUGAUAGCAGCGGCGGCCGCCGGUCGCCCGCCUCCGCGCUGAACCCCUACAACCUGUCCCCGGGCUGCGAGUACUUCGUGGUGACUGUUGCCAUGCUGCCCGACCCCGUCCGUUAAAAACGAAAGAGCUUCCUGAUCCUGCCUGACAAUUGGCUGCAGAAAUGAAGGGAGAAAAACUCUCAAGUGUACAUAUACUGAAAUUUAUUGUCAUAGACUCUUGAUUUGCAGUUGCUUGUUUACGUCAUGCCUGUAUAUAUGAUCAGCUUCGCUGGUGUAAAUAGACUCAGCUACUGAUGCUAGGCAUCAUCCUCGUUCAAGCAGACUGGAUAUUCUUUCAGCUAGCAUCCGUUUGCUGUUUCAGUUUGAGUUAACUUUUAAUAAAAAAACCUUCAAUUACUA